UGACGCACCUGAGGAAUUAAAAGAGCAGGCGACCCAAGUUGUCCUGUUCUCAUGGAAGCUGCUCUGACGCGGGACAUGUGCACUGAGUUUCAGCGGCGGUAAAGAUAAUAAAAAAAUGUACACGACGGAGCGCAGGCGGAUGAGUCUGCACGAGGUGAAAAGGAGAGAUCCGGUGUGGGUGUCCGCUGGGAGUUUGUGGCAGGACCCUCUGGCCAUAGAGCUCAGCAACUGCAAUAGUAAACAGGUCACUUCUCCCCGGAGUCGGACUAGAGCCGUGUCCGUGGCAUACAUAGUCAACGAGGACGCGUCCGUGCCGCACACCGAGGAGAACUUGUCUCUGAAAUGUCUGAAGGAAGCGUGCGCGGACGUGCACGCCACCUUCAAAACAAUCUCAUUUGAGAGAAUAUCCCUAGGGACCACGGAUAUUCUGGAUAGUUUCUACAACGCGGAUGUGGCUGUGGUUGAGAUGAGUGACACUUUUUGUCAGCCUUCCCUCUUCUAUCACCUCGGCGUCCGAGAAAGUUUCAGCAUGACCAAUAACAUAAUUUUGUAUUGUUACAAGCAGGACAGUGACCUACAAGCUCUUAAGGAGCAGUGUGGAAGCUACACGUUCAUUCCUUACGUGGUGUCACCUCAGGGUAAAGUGUUUGCCUGUGAUGCUACCAUGAUGAAGGGGAUCAAAGAGCUGAUGCAGCCCAGUUUCCAGCUGGAGCCGCUGCUCACACCGCUGGUUGAGAGACUGGUACAUCUGCUGGACAAUGUUCAUGUUCAGUCCAGUGAAUAUUUCCGGGAGUCGAUCCUGCACGACAUCCGCACGGCACGGGAGCGGUUCAGCGGCCAGGCCCUGAGUCAGGAGUUGGGCCGCAUUCAGAAACGCCUGGACACUGUCGAGCUGCUCACCCCUGAUGUAGUCAUGAACCUGCUGUUGUCCUACCGGGACAUUCAGGACUACGAUUCCAUAAUCAAGCUGGUGGAGACUCUGAACAACCUGCCCAUGUGCAUGGUAGCAGCACAUCAGAAUAUCAAGUUUCACUACAUAUUUGCUCUAAACAGGAGGAAUCGCCCCGGUGAUCGUGCCAAGGCCUUGGAGGUGAUUCUGCCUAUUGUGGAGUCUGGUGGCAAGGUGGCAUCAGAUGUCUACUGCCUGUGUGGGCGGAUCUACAAAGAUAUAUUUAUUAGCUCUGGAUUUUCUGACCAUCGCAGCAGAGACCAGGCCUGUUACUGGUAUGCCAAAGCUUUUGAGGCAGAGCCAACUCUUCACUCUGGCAUCAACAAUGUUGUCCUCCUGAUGGCAGCCGGCCAUGAAUUCGACACUUCUAUUGAGCUGCGUAAAAUAGGUGUGACCCUGAGCACCCUGCUCGGUAGGAAGGGCAGCUUGGAGAAGAUGAAGGACUAUUGGGAUGUGGGAUUCUUCCUGGGGGCCAGCAUCCUCGCUAAUGAACACAAGAAAGUCAUUGAAGCCUCUGAGAAACUGUACAGGCUCAAGGCCCCCAUAUGGUAUGUGGGCUCCAUUAUGGAGACGUACAUCCUUUACCGUCAGUUUGCCAAGCCACCAGAGGUGAGAUCUCUCAAACAAGAGACUGUUGACUUCUGGAUGGAGCUGCUUAUGCAGGCGUGCAAACCCACCGUCUCCACAGACCGCUGCCCAGUGCUGAUUCUGGAGCCAAGCAAAGUCUUCCAGCCUGCUCUAGUGUGUGUGAGCGAGGAGGACGAGAGUCGCACUGUUCAACUGAAACAUGUCACACCCUUAAAGAAAGGCUUACACCAGUGGACUUUCCCAGCCUCUGCAAUCCGGGGAGUGAGUGCCUCAAAGAUUGAUGAGCGGAGCUGCUUCCUAUACGUGCACUACAACUCAGAUGACUUCCAGCUCUGCUUCCCCACCGAGCUGCACUGUAAAGGUUUCUGUGAGCUGGUAAACUCUCUGCUUCAGCAGGCUGAAGCCCCUGUUGAGGACCCGAGUCAUCUCACUGGAGGAAUACUGGAGUACAUCUAUGAGACCAACGAGAAUGGAGACAAGGUGGUUCUGGGUAAAGGGACAUAUGGUGUUGUGUACGCUGGGAGGGACCUAAGCAACCAAGUACGCAUCGCCAUCAAGGAGAUCCCCGAGAGAGACAGCACGUACUCGCAGCCCCUUCAUGAGGAGAUAGCCCUCCACAAGAGGUUGAAACACAGGAACAUUGUCCAGUACCUCGGUUCUGUCAGCCAGGAUGGUUUCAUCAAGAUCUUCAUGGAAGAAGUACCUGGAGGAAGUUUGUCAUCUCUCCUGCGCUCCAAAUGGGGUCCUCUGAAAGACAAUGAAGCCACCAUCAUCUUCUACACCAAGCAGAUCCUUGAGGGACUCAAAUAUCUUCAUGACAACCAGAUAGUCCACCGAGACAUCAAAGGUGACAAUGUACUAAUCAAUACCUAUAGUGGAGUGUUGAAGAUCUCUGACUUUGGCACGUCCAAACGAUUAGCAGGGAUCAACCCCUGCACUGAGACCUUUGCUGGAACUCUCCAGUACAUGGCUCCAGAGAUUAUAGACCAGGGGCCUCGGGGCUAUGGGAAGCCAGCUGACAUCUGGUCCCUCGGGUGCACUAUCAUAGAAAUGGCCACAGGAAAAACUCCCUUCCAUGAGCUGGGAAGUCCUCAGGCAGCCAUGUUCAAGGUGGGCAUGUUCAAGAUCCACCCAAAGGUGCCAGAGUGCAUGUCAGAUGAGGCAAAGGGCUUCAUCAUGAGCUGUUUCGAGCCAAACCCUGAUAACAGAGCUACAGCGUCCGAGCUGCUGAAGGACGGCUUCCUCCGAUUGUCUUCCAGGAAAAAGGCCAGAGCUCCGCAGGAGUCAGAACCUAAAGACUCCAUUACCGACUACCAGCGCAGCCAAUCGGUCCCCGUCUCCAUCCUGGUAGAAGAUACAGAUUCUUACUCAGAUAUUAUCGACCUGUCCUGUUCGUUGGACCUCCGGAGGGCCAAGUCCACCCUCAGAGAAGAUGACAUAUCAGAGAGCCCACCGAACACCAGCAGUUUCCUGCCGGUUCCAGAGGACUCUCCAGGGGACUUGAGCAGUCCAGCAUCAACAGGGGAGAACAUGGGUCUGUUUCUUCUGAGGAAAGACAGUGAGAGGAGAGCCACAUUGCACCGAGUCCUCACUGACUACAUCAGCCACGUCGUCUCGAAUAUUCAGGACUCUGUUCCUCAGCAUAGUGAAGGAGUGUCACUCACUGCAGAGCACAUCACAGAGUUGAUUAGCUGCUUGCGAGAGAACAUCCGCUCUCCAGACAGGAAGCAGCUGACCAGCAGCCUCCUGGACCUUCGAGCCACUCUGAUUGCUGCUGCAGUCCCUCUCAACAACCUGCAGGCGGUGCUGUUCAGCUUCCAAGAUGCUGUGAAGAAGGUGUUGAGGCAACAGCAGGUGAAACCUCACUGGAUGUUUGCUCUGGACAAUUUGCUGAGACAUGCGGUACAAGAGGCCAUCACUGUGCUCCUACCAGAGCUGAAACUCCAGCUGCAGUCCUCAUUUGAAAUCGAGGACAGCGCUCCAAAUAAAGAGGAGCCUUCUGAAGCAGAGUCUCCUGUAGUUACCCCGUUUAACCAGGUGGUGACGCCACCAGGUACACCACCUACCCCACAUAUUGAAAGCAUAAAUGAGAUGACACCUACAGCCGGCCCCAGCUACCCUACAAACCUCACCCUCGUCAACAGCUGGCCCCUCAGCGAUGAACUGAGGGACCUACGACAAGAAACCAGAAGACUGCUGAGCCAGCUAAGUGAGAAGGAGAGAGAGUACCAAGAGCUGCUGAGAAACUCUGUCCAGAGGAAACAGGAACAGAUUGACACACUGAGGAAAGCUGCUGUCACUGAAGAUCAUGGUCUGUCUUCACAUAGAAGCUCUAAUCCAGAGGUCAAAGCCUUGAUACGCUGGCUCAAGGCUGUCCCCGUAGAUCAAGACACUAUCGAUAAGCUGCUUUCUCACGAGUUCACCUUGGACUGUCUCCUCUACAUGGCCUGCAGGGAUGACUUAAUGUACUGUGGUAUAAGAGGUGGCAUGCUGUGUCGUAUCUGGGCGGCCAUCACAGCUUGCAGGAAGAACCAGCUCAGCACACACAUCGAAGAGAGCGAGGACACUGUUCUAUAGCUGCCAAGAAUCUACUGAGCUGCUGAUGUUGUACAUCUAAGGACAGAUUUAUUGAUAGGCUGGUCCUAUGUCAUCUGGAUGAUGUGAAAGAGUGGUGACUGAUGAACGUAAUUGAUUUUUGGUGCCUUGUCAGGGCCACUGACCUGUGAAUGUUUUUCAGCGGUUUGGAGAACAAACCGGUCAUUUGUGGAGAACAAACACUCAUCCUGGAUAUUGUUAAAGCUACAUUAAACAAUAUUACAUGGAUUUUUUUUUAUUUUAAUUUUAAUUUUAAUUUU